GGUGGGCGUGGCCACGAAGCGACGCAAGGAAGACGGGUCGCGGGGCGGUGGGGCCGCGCCUGCGCAGGCCGCCCCGCUAUGGCGGCCGCCUGAGCGCCGUGGUGAGAGGCUUGGGUGUGACUUCGGGCUGCGGCCGGCGGCGGGUGCUGCCGUCCAUGGUCACUGUGGAGCCCGGGCCAUGGUCACUGGCUCCCGCACCGGCCAUGGACGAGAUCACCUUCAGAAGCGACACCGUGCUGUCAGACGUCCACCUGUACACCCCGAACCAGAGGCGCCUCAUGGUGCGGCUGAACGGCAUGGGGCAGCCGGUCUUCCUGUCCCAGUUCAAGCUUCUAUGGGACCGAGACUCUCAGACUGACUCGGGGGCCGAGGGUGGCGACCACACAGAGGGGACCCCUCCCGCCGGCGCCAUCUGCAGCCGCAUGGGGGCCUCCCUCCAGGCGGGGGCCAGCACCACCAGCCCAGAAGGGUUGGCGGCUCAGCUGGAUGAGGAUGGGGACUUGGACGUCGUGAGAAGACCCCGGGCUGCCUCCGCCUCCGAGCCACCGGGGCCUCCGAGAGACAAGGUACAUCCCACCAUUCUAACGCAGGAGGAAGACGACGUCCUGGGAGACGAAGCCCCAGAGAGCAGCCCCUACAAUGUCAUCAAAAUAGAGCACACCAUGGCCACCCCCCUGGAGGAUGUUGGCAAGCAGGUGUGGCGGGGUGCCCUGCUCCUGGCAGACUACAUCCUGUUCCAGCAAGACCUCUUCCAGGGUCGCACAGUGCUGGAGCUCGGGGCGGGCACUGGGCUGGCCAGCAUCAUCGCAGCCACUGUGGCGCAGACCGUGUAUUGUACAGAUGUCGGUGCAGACCUUUUGGCCAUGUGCCAGCGAAACAUCACCCUCAACAGCCACCUGCUCGCCUCUGGAGGCGGUGUGGUUAAGGUCAAGGAACUGGACUGGCUGAGAGACGACCUCUGCACGGACCCCGAGGUCCCCUUCAGCUGGUCCGAGGAGGACAUCUCCCACCUGUACGGCCACACCACCAUCCUGCUGGCGGCCGAAGUGUUUUAUGAUGACGACCUAACUGAUGCUGUGUUUAAAACCCUCUCCCGACUGGCCCACAAGCUCAAGAAUGCCUGCACCGCCAUCCUCUCGGUGGAGAAGAGGCUGAACUUCACGCUGAGGCACCUGGACGUCACGUGCGAGGCCUACGACCACUUCCGCGGGUGGCUGCGGCGGCUGGAGGGGCUGGCGGGCGGGCGCCUGCGCUUCGCGGUGGAGCCGGUGGACGCCUCAUUCCCGCAGCUCCUGGUGUACGAGCGCAUCCAGCAGCUGGAACUCUGGAAGAUCUUUGUGGAACCAGUAACGGACCCCAUCAUGUCUGUAGACACAGCUUCUCAACCAUUCUCGUGACAUUUCUAAUAAAAUUGAAAGCUCACAAAGUCA